UAUUUCGUUAUUCGAUGUGCUCUAAAUAGGUCGCUAUUGUGUGGAGUCCAAAUUAACCGAUGAAAAUGGCUGGCUCGGGUGGGAUAUACUCAAAUGUCGAAACUGUAUUUUGAAGGCGAAUAAUGAGUCUGAAAUCUUUGGCUUAGAUAGAAAGACUAUGGAAGAACGUGAAAAUAGUGCGGUCAACUUGAAGCAUGAGAAAAUACUAAUGCAAGAGAUAAAAGAACCUAUGAUUCCUAACUUCAACGAUUUUUUGAUGCCAAGACCAAUUUCAUUAAAUGUGGGGGCACCUAAAAAGUCCAUUCCUAAUACAAUUGAAUCGCAGCAAAAUGUUCAGAAUAUGGAAAUUUUGGCUGUUACUAAGGGUGGGCUUGACAGUUUACCGAUUUCAUGUCGAGGCACUGCUUUAUCCGUUACGAAGGAUACUAAUGUGAAUUGGGAUGCCACCCAAGGUGGACGUAUGAUUUUACCAUUGCGUCGUGGUGGCUGCUCUCAAGUCACAGUCUCCCCAAAGUCCAAAGUGAAGGAUACUGAAUUGUUGCCAACUCCUUUCAGCGAUAUGCGCAAUCUUCAGUUAGCUAGCCGAAGACGAAUGCUUGAGGAUUUGGGUUACCAAAUCGCUCCUUAUACAAGAAGAAUUUUAAAUUCUUUGGAAAAUCCAUCGGCUACUCCAAAAAGGAUGGUAAGUCAUUUGGGAAAUCCAAUGGCCACACCUCGUUGGAAAGUGAACGACAGCCUACAGAUUUCGUGUAGUUCGACCCUCGUCAGUGAACUACCUGAGUGGUAUGCAACAGUUCAGGUUGGUGAUUUGAUAUAUGACCGGUAUUUUAUAUUGAGAAACAUAGCAGUCAGUCGUCUGUCAUCCGUUUGGCUUUGCUGGGACAUGGAGCUGGCGCUUUCAGUGGUCAUAAAAAUGUCGGAUACUACUUGCAUGAGCGUCGAAUUGAUUAACGGCGAGAUGAAUACAAUUAAAUCACUACAUGAUUAUAACUACAUUGAUGAACGACGUGAGUGUGUCGUUAAACUUUUGGGCGGCUUUAAACUAAACUAA